AUGGAUUUGACAAAGUGUUCUGCCAUUUUCAUGUUUCUUCUGUUUGUGUUUCUUUUUGCUCCUCCUUCUUCUGCUUCCAGUUUCAUUUCAGAUUCUGUUUUUGAAUCCCAUGCUUCUACUGCCAGGAAUCUACUUCAGGCUAAGAAAGCCUGCCCAGUAAACUUUGAGUUUAUGAACUAUACAAUCAUCACAAGCCGAUGUAAAGGACCUGAUUAUCUUCCUAGUAGCUGCUGUGCUGCAUUCAAGGAUUUUGCGUGUCCUUAUGCCGAUGUCAUUAAUGACUUGACCAGUGAUUGUGCAUCAACCAUGUUUAGCUACAUUAACCUCUACGGGAAAUACCCGCCUGGUCUUUUCGCUAGCGAAUGCAGGGAAGGAAAACUGGGUCUUGAAUGCCCUGCAAACCCACCAUCACAAUCGGCUAAUGAUAGUGGCAGUCAGAUUAUUCGAGAUCCAUCCCUAUUGUUGAUACUCACAUCUGGUUUCCUAGCACUGUUAGUUCACUUGUUUUGA